AUGAGUAACGACAGUAACGGAGUUGGGGGGCUUCAGCCCCUCUGGAACUUCAGUGGGUCACUGGUCAACCAGUCAGCUGACGUGUUCUCCAACGCCUCGUGCAACGUGUCCACCAAUGAUUCAACAUCCUGCUCUGCUGUUGACAAUGGAGAGGGGGCAGGAAGUCCGUAUAAAGCUCUGGAGAUGUUUUUUAUCGCCUUGGUUACAGGAUCGCUGAGCUUUGUGACUGUUACGGGGAACAUUUUAGUCAUGCUGUCCAUCAAAGUAAACCGCCACCUACAGACUGUCAAUAACUAUUUCUUAUUUUCGUUAGCGUGUGCUGACCUGAUCAUUGGUGUUUUCAGCAUGAAUUUGUACACCGUCUAUAUAAUCGUUGGUUACUGGCCACUCGGGCCCGUGGUCUGUGACUUGUGGCUAGCUUUGGAUUACGUCGUCUCAAAUGCCUCGGUGAUGAAUUUACUGAUCAUCAGCUUUGAUCGCUACUUCUGCGUGACCAAACCUCUCACGUAUCCGACCAGAAGGACAACGAAGAUGGCGGGGUUAAUGAUCGCAGCAGCGUGGAUCCUGUCCUUCAUCCUGUGGGCUCCUGCCAUCUUGUUCUGGCAGUUCAUCGUUGGGCAGCGAACAGUGCCCCCUGGGGAGUGUUAUAUUCAGUUCCUCUCCAACCCCGCAGUGACAUUCGGGACGGCUAUAGCAGCGUUCUAUCUGCCCGUCAUCAUCAUGACGGUCCUGUACAUCCACAUCUCGCUGGCCUCCAGGAGCAGAGUCUCCAAACACAAACCUGAGAAGAAAGAGAAGAAGGGAAUAAAAACUCCUAGCUUAAUAAAGAGUCACCUGUUAAAGCAGAACAACAACAAUGAAACCAGUCCUCAGGCCAGUCCUCGCUCUACUCCCAAACUCAGUCUGGACUCGACUACCACUGCGCUGGAGGCCGUGAAGAACGGCAGAGUGGAGGAACCGAAACCUGUCCAGGCACAGCCUUCAGCACAGCCCAGUCCAGGGCCCACACAGGAGGAAAAAGAAAGCUCCAACGAUUCGUCCACAGCUUUCAUUCCCCCCACAGAGCCAAAGGACAACACCAAUAAUGAGGUGACAUCUGAGGCUGCAACAAACCUCAACCCAGUUGCCACGGCGGCCUCCAACGCCGCCAUGGCCAAGAUGAGCUCCGCCUCGAGGUGGUCCAAGAUAAAGAUUGUCACGAAGCAGGCCGGGGACGAAUGCAUCACAGCUAUAGAGAUUGUCCCGCCUGUAGAGGGAGCCGAGACGCACUCGAUCCCCAUCAGCCGCCCGAGGACUGUGGCGAGAAAGUUCGCGAGCAUCGCAAGGAGCCAAGUGAAGAGGAAAAGACAGAUGGCUGCCAGAGAAAAGAAAGUAACCAAGACUAUCUUUGCCAUCCUGCUGGCUUUCAUCAUUACAUGGACACCGUACAACGUCAUGGUGUUGAUCUCCACCUUCUGUCAGUCCUGUGUCCCUGACACAGUGUGGGCGAUCGGCUACUGGCUGUGUUAUGUCAACUCCACCAUCAACCCAGCUUGUUAUGCACUGUGCAAUGCCACAUUCAAAAAGACUUUCAAGAACCUGCUGCUGUGCCAGUACAAAAAUAUAGGUACGAGAUGA